UUGGCCGAUCUAAUGAAGACCCCUCGGUACGUGAAGGCCUCAGGCGUUACGAUUCCGAUGAUCCCCGGUGACCAAGAGAACUUGGUUAAGAAGGAAUUUCAGCAGACUCAGAAGACGCAGUGUUGGGCCUCUGGCUGGGAUCUACUCAAGCUCCUGUUUCUCAUGAUCUUCUACCGGCCGGUGCUGACAGAGCAGCAGGAGCAGAGAAGGAACAGGAAACACGUCUUCAUCCAUUUCAGCGCCUGGGAGUAUGCAGGCAGUGACCAGCUCUGGGCAGGCCUCAUCACCACACUGUGUGACCGCAUCGAAAGACACUUUGGUCGCCUACCCAUGAGUGUUUACAGGGCCGUAGGUAAGAAAUGUGGCAUCAUUAAAAAACCAGGGGCUCAGGAAUGGAUUAGCAAGACAUUUGUCUUCCUCCCACUGUGGGCUACUGUGAUCUUUCUGAGCAUGGUAGCUAUUGGGAUAGGCAUUCUCCUCCUAGCGUUUGAGGAUGCAUUGGGAGAUGCCAUAGCUGUUGUGGAAGGCAUCUGGGUGACGGUCAUUGGCAUCUCUGCAGUUACUGCCAUAAAGUUCACCUUCCCAGUGGUACGAAACAUCAUUGUCACCCAGAAGUGCCAGCUGGAGAGACAGAUGAACCGGACGGAUCUCAGCGCACAGCUGGGCUUCAUGAGCAGCGUGAAAAAGGAAGUCAGGACAAUUACCUGGUUCCUGCAGUUCAUGGAGAUCUUCCAGCAGCAGAAGCUGCGGGUGGUGCUGGAGACAGACGAUGACGCCCCGUUCAUCUCCAUCCUGGCUGUUGACUCGAGCAUCAUCGUCGACUGUGUGGAAAGCUCCAUAUAUCUGAAGGGUGUGGCCAACAAGUUCUUAAACCGCAUCAUCACCCUGCCGUUCUCAGUCCCUCGGAUGGACUGCAACACCAAGUUAAGGCUGAUGAGUAAUAUCAUCGUGCGCAAGGAGCAGCAAGAGAGAGAGCUAGAGGUGAAGAAAUAUAUCUCCAUUUCUAUCUCCAGCCCUCCAACCCAGCAGUCAGACUCUGGGAGCUAUGGGAAAGGUAUCGAAGCCAGAGAACCAGGUCCAGCUUUUAAGCCCCUCUUUCAUGAGUCCUUGAAGGAAUUUCUGCCGGACAACAUGGCGCAAAUGCAGCACAUCGUGAACACCAUCACCAUCACUGUCCCAUUAUUGAAGAGUAACCUCUCCAAGGACACAGUGUGUCCGAAGAAGGUGGUGGAAUGGGUGCUCCUUGCCAACCAGCUGCCGUGCCGUCUGAGCUGGCUCUUGCAGUGCAUCGAGGAUGAGGAGGGUGCGUGUGUGGGGAGUGCCUCCUACUGGAAACUGAUGCUGGACAGCUUUGUGCGGUGUAACUACCCGGGUCACUUGGGCUAA